UGGAGAGCUGCCGCCGUGGCCGGCCGCCCGUGCGGGCGACGCUUGCGCCCCAGAGGUAGUCCGGCGCCGGCCGAGAAGAGGAAAGUGUCGCCGGGGGGCUGCGGACUCCAAGCCCCUGGCCCGCGGGUCCGGCCGCCCCUCUGCCGUGGAUUUCGCCGCGAUCCCGCCGGCAGCUCUUUGCAAAGCUGCUUGAAACUUCUCCCAAACUCGGCAUGGAUCCGGCGGCGGCGGCGCUGCCUGCUUUUGCGGCGCUGUGGCUCCUCUGCCCGUGGCCGCUCCUGGGGUCUGUCCACGGCCAGUUCUCCGCAGGUGGCUGUACUUUUGAUGAUGGCCCGGGGGCAUGUGACUACCACCAGGAUCUAUAUGAUGACUUUGAAUGGGUGCAUGUCAGUGCUCAAGAGCCUCAUUAUCUGCCUCCUGAGAUGCCGCAAGGUUCCUACAUGAUAGUGGACUCUUCAAAUCAUGACCCUGGAGAAAAAGCCAGACUUCAGCUGCCUACGAUGAAGGAGAAUGACACUCAUUGCAUCGAUUUCAGUUACUUGUUAUACAGCCAGAAAGGGCUGAAUCCGGGCACUUUGAACAUAUUAGUUCGAGUGAAUAAAGGGCCACUUGCCAAUCCCAUUUGGAAUGUGACUGGCUUCACCGGGAGAGACUGGCUUCGGGCUGAGCUAGCAGUGAGCACCUUUUGGCCCAAUGAAUAUCAGGUAAUAUUUGAAGCUGAAGUCUCAGGAGGGAGAAGUGGUUAUAUUGCCAUUGAUGAUAUCCAAGUGCUGAGUUAUCCUUGUGAUAAAUCUCCUCAUUUCCUGCGCCUUGGGGAUGUAGAGGUCAAUGCAGGACAGAAUGCUACGUUUCAGUGUAUUGCCACUGGGAGAGAUGCUGUACAUAACAAGUUAUGGCUCCAGAGACGGAAUGGAGAAGAUACCCCAGUAGCCCAGACUAAGAACAUCAAUCACAGAAGGUUUGCUGCUUCCUUUAGAUUGCAAGAAGUGACAAAAACAGACCAGGAUUUGUACCGCUGUGUAACUCAGUCAGAACGAGGUUCUGGUGUGUCCAAUUUUGCUCAACUUAUUGUGAGAGAACCACCAAGACCCAUUGCUCCUCCUCAGCUGCUUGGUGUUGGGCCUACUUAUCUGCUGAUUCAGCUAAAUGCCAACUCCAUCAUUGGUGAUGGCCCCAUUAUCCUCAAAGAAGUAGAGUACCGAAUGACAUCAGGAUCCUGGACAGAGACCCACGCAGUCAAUGCACCAACUUAUAAACUGUGGCAUUUGGAUCCUGAUACUGAAUACGAGAUCCGUGUUCUACUUACAAGACCUGGAGAAGGUGGAACUGGGCUUCCAGGUCCUCCACUGAUUACAAGAACUAAAUGUGCAGAACCUAUGCGAACCCCAAAGACCUUAAAGAUUGCUGAGAUACAGGCAAGACGCAUUGCUGUGGACUGGGAAUCCUUGGGCUACAACAUCACUCGUUGCCACACUUUCAAUGUCACAAUCUGCUACCAUUAUUUCCGUGGUCACAAUGAAAGCAAGGCCGACUGUUUGGACAUGGACCCCAAAGCCCCUCAGCAUGUUGUGAGCCAUCUGCCACCUUAUACUAACGUCAGCCUCAAGAUGAUUCUAACUAAUCCAGAAGGGAGGAAGGAGAGUGAGGAGACAAUUAUUCAAACGGAUGAAGAUGUGCCUGGCCCUGUACCAGUCAAAUCUCUCAGAGGAACGUCCUUUGAAAACAAAAUCUUCUUGAACUGGAAGGAACCUUUGGAGCCAAAUGGGAUCAUCACACAGUAUGAGGUCAGCUAUAGCAGCAUAAGGUCGUUUGAUCCUGCAGUUCCAGUGGCUGGACCGCCCCAGACGGUAUCAAAUUUAUGGAACAGUACACACCAUGUCUUUAUGCACCUCCAUCCAGGAACCACCUACCAGUUUUUCAUAAGAGCCAGCACUGUCAAAGGUUUUGGACCAGCUAUAGCGAUCAAUGUGACGACCAAUAUUUCAGCUCCAACUUUACCUGACUAUGAAGGAGUCGAUGCCUCUCUCAAUGAAACCGCUACUACAAUAACUGUCUUGCUGAGGCCAGCGCAGGCCAAAGGUGCACCUAUCAGUGCCUAUCAGAUCGUGGUGGAAGAGCUGCACCCCCACCGAACAAAGAGAGAAGCUGGGACAAUGGAAUGCUACCAGGUUCCGGUCACAUACCAAAAUGCCAUGAGUGGGGGGGCACCAUAUUACUUUGCUGCUGAACUGCCUCCCGGGAAUCUACCUGAGCCCGCUCCCUUUACAGUUGGGGACAAUAGAACGUACCAGGGCUUUUGGAACCCACCUUUGGCUCCACGCAAAGGAUACAACAUCUAUUUCCAGGCCAUGAGCAGUGUGGAAAAGGAAACUAAAACCCAGUGUGUAAGAAUUGCUACAAAAGCAGCAGCAACAGAAGAGCCAGAAGUGAUUCCAGACCCAGCCAAGCAGACCGACCGAGUGGUGAAAAUAGCUGGGAUUAGUGCUGGAAUUUUGGUCUUCAUCCUCCUCCUCCUUGUUGUAGUAUUAAUUGUAAAAAAGAGGAGGAGCUACUAUUCUUACUCCUACUACCUCAAGCUUGCUAAAAAACGCAAGGAUGCUAUGGGGAGCACCCGGCAGGAGAUGACCCACAUGGUGAACGCCAUGGACCGGAGCUAUGCUGAUCAGAGCACUCUGCAUGCGGAAGAUCCCCUUUCCAUCACCUUCAUGGACCAACACAACUUCAGUCCGAGAUUGCCCAAUGAUCCACUUGUGCCGACUGCUGUGUUAGUCCCUAUAACUGAUGAGAACCACAGUGCAACAGCAGAGUCCAGCCGGCUGCUAGAUGUGCCUCGAUACCUGUGCGAGGGGACAGAAUCCCCUUAUCAGACAGGACAGCUGCACCCAGCCAUCAGGGUUGCCGACUUGCUGCAGCACAUUAAUCUCAUGAAGACAUCAGACAGCUAUGGGUUCAAAGAAGAGUACGAGAGUUUCUUUGAAGGACAGUCAGCAUCUUGGGAUGUAGCUAAGAAAGACCAAAACAGAGCAAAAAACCGAUAUGGAAACAUUAUAGCUUAUGAUCACUCCAGGGUAAUCCUGCAGCCUGUUGAGGAUGAUCCUUCUUCAGAUUACAUUAAUGCCAACUAUAUAGAUAUUUGGCUGUACAGGGAUGGAUAUCAGAGACCAAGCCACUACAUUGCAACCCAAGGCCCAGUUCAUGAGACAGUAUAUGAUUUCUGGAGAAUGAUUUGGCAAGAACAGUCUGCCUGUAUUGUGAUGGUUACAAAUUUAGUUGAAGUUGGCCGGGUGAAGUGCUACAAGUACUGGCCUGAUGAUUCUGAAGUUUAUGGGGACUUCAAAGUCACGUGUGUGGAAAUGGAACCACUUGCUGAAUAUGUCGUUAGGACAUUCACCCUGGAAAGGAGGGGAUACAAUGAAAUCCGUGAGGUUAAGCAGUUCCAUUUCACUGGCUGGCCCGACCAUGGAGUCCCAUACCACGCUACAGGGCUUCUCUCCUUUAUCCGGCGAGUCAAGCUGUCCAACCCUCCCAGUGCAGGCCCCAUUGUCGUGCAUUGCAGUGCUGGUGCUGGACGGACUGGCUGUUAUAUCGUGAUUGACAUCAUGCUGGAUAUGGCUGAGAGGGAGGGUGUUGUUGACAUCUACAAUUGUGUCAAAGCCUUAAGGUCUCGUCGCAUCAACAUGGUCCAGACAGAGGAACAGUACAUUUUUAUUCAUGAUGCCAUUUUAGAAGCCUGCUUAUGUGGAGAAACUGCCAUUCCCGUCUGUGAAUUUAAAGCUGCAUAUUUUGAUAUGAUGAGAAUAGACUCCCAGACCAACUCUUCACAUCUCAAGGAUGAAUUCCAGACCUUGAAUUCAGUCACCCCUCGACUACAGGCGGAAGACUGCAGCAUAGCAUGCCUGCCAAGGAAUCAUGACAAGAAUCGUUUCAUGGACAUGCUGCCACCUGACAGAUGUCUGCCUUUUCUAAUCACAAUUGAUGGAGAGAGCAGUAACUACAUCAAUGCUGCGCUUAUGGAUAGCUACAGGCAACCGGCUGCCUUCAUCGUAACCCAGUACCCUCUGCCCAACACUGUGAAAGACUUCUGGAGACUAGUGUAUGACUAUGGCUGCACCUCCAUUGUGAUGCUGAAUGAAGUCGACUUGUCCCAGGGCUGUCCUCAGUAUUGGCCUGAAGAAGGGAUGUUGCGGUAUGGCCCUAUCCAAGUGGAAUGCAUGUCUUGUUCAAUGGAUUGUGAUGUCAUCAACCGGAUUUUUCGGAUAUGCAAUCUAACAAGACCACAGGAAGGUUAUCUGAUGGUGCAGCAGUUUCAGUAUUUAGGAUGGGCUUCUCACCGGGAAGUGCCUGCCUCUAAGCGGUCAUUUCUGAAGCUGAUACUCCAGGUGGAAAAGUGGCAGGAGGAGUGUGAAGAAGGAGAGGGCAGGACCAUCAUCCACUGCCUAAAUGGUGGAGGGCGAAGUGGCAUGUUCUGUGCGAUCGGCAUUGUUGUUGAAAUGGUGAAGCGGCAAAAUGUCAUUGAUGUUUUCCACGCGGUGAAGACCCUAAGGAACAGCAAGCCAAACAUGGUGGAGGCCCCGGAGCAGUACCGCUUUUGCUAUGAUGUAGCGCUGGAAUACCUGGAAUCGUCUUAGUUGGGUGAGCCUUUUAAAAGUGCAUCCAAACAGACCUCUCUCCAUCGUCGAGCCAGCAGUUGUUGCACCUGUCACACCUGUGCAGAAGGAUUUUAAUGUGGGGGGUGGGGGACUUUUACAUUCAAGAAGUGAAAGUAUUUUUCUUAUGAAGUUGUGUACCUUAAUAAAAAGAACUGAAUUAGUUUCUAUUACUGUAUUACAGCAUCAACAUUUGUGCCACAUACAUUAUAUUUAAUAAGAACCAGAUUUCAAAAGGCGUGGUCAAAUUAGAACUUAUCAGUGUUUGUACGGUGAAUACGCACCCUUUCUCUCCUGUUUUCAUUCAGUAAAGCAACCACCACAUGAUGCAUGAACUAAUACUUCAGAUGUGGCCAUUUUCUCCCUUUUUUAUAUAAAAAAAUGUUAAAUUUUAAAGGGAGAAGAGAAGCUGUGCAGAUUCAUAGUAAAUUUCUUUUUUUUAAAUGUUUCAUGUGUAGCAGAUCUCUAUAAAUAUAUAAAUAUAUAUAACUGGCUUAUUUUCUUUUAGUGUGCAAUGAUGGCUGGAUCAUUUAAAGUUCUUUUUAGAAAACAACAUAUAAGCCAAAGACUCAAGUGUAAAUAUGUCUAUACGGAGAACGCACAUUAUAUUUAUUGGUUACUCGCAUUCCUUUCUGAUGGUUAAUAAACUACCACCAUACAGUCAUCCCCUCCUUAAGAAAAUGUUUUCUCUCACUAAAAUCAAUGGCAAAUGAUUUUUGUAGAUUAUUUUUUGGUAUGUUUUAGUGUAAGUAGAGGGCAGACUUUUUACUCAUAAACCAGAAUGCAAUGUUCUUUAUAAUGACCCUCUUGUGUAUCUGCUUGUGACCUAAGUUUCUGUAAAAACAUCUCGGCAAUUGGUUCUUUUAAUAGAGGACCAAAUUAAAACAUCUGUUGAACAUGUCUA